CCAUCUGUUGCGCGCUGGUGGCGCGUGCCGCACGCGUGAAUCCCAGUGGCAGCUCACUGCACUGUUUGGUUCAGGGGUCAGCAGCAGAGAUGGACCGAAACUCUUCGGUGAUGUUGAAACAAAACUUGUUUAGUCUGAAUUUAAAACUUCUGCAGUGCUACAUUUAAUGUUGCGUUCAUAUAUUUUUAAGGGGUUUUAAAUCGCUUUCAAAUAGCUCCAGGCUUUCACUGACUCGCUGGCCUUUUUCCUCACCGUGCUAUCCAGCAGGGUGAGACAGGCUUGUGUGUUGCACGGCUCGUAUACAGACAAUAUAUUGAUGGACUAUAUUCGCUCUACGCAGACGCACCUCUCUGCUUGCGUUGCAGGUUGUCCACGUCACUCAGUCUCCUCCCCCACUGCUCCAGGUAAACACCGUGUUGUUGAUACUGGAAACAAGCUGCUGAGGGUCCACAAGCAGAUGUAAAUCCAUACAUAGCGUGGCUUGGGUAUCUGGUUUAUUAGUUGUUGGAAUAGAUUAGUGCUGUCACCUCAGAAUCACUCAUCUGGUUCUGUGUUUCUUUUGUUGUGGCGCUUAAGCAAGUCCAGUCCAUACGCAUAAACACAAAUAAGACUAUAUGUGUGUAUUGUGAUGAUUUUCAUGUAACGUUUUGUAGCAGUGCAACGUUCAGUUAUCUCAUCAAACUAAGAUGAUCUUUGGGAGAUUUGGUCGCUCGUUUCUGGGGAAUUUCCCAUGCAGAAAUAAACAGGAUAAUAAGCAAAAAGAGGGUCAAUUUAAUAUCAAAGCCAGGCGAAAAAAGAAGCAAAUCGUUACUGUAGAGAGCUCCAAGAGAGCAGUUGUCUGAUAUACGAAGGAAAAACAGCAGUUAUAUUGUUUGUGCUGAAUGCGUAAUUAGAUCUUUGAUGGACGUUAAAGCUUUAAAUUUUAAACGCAAUAAAGCGCAACAUCAUCACGAAAGUCCGCAUACCAGCGGUAGACGCAGGGGCCCGAUGGGACCAGAUGGUCCAGACAGGAGCUCCGCUCAUGUCCCAAAGGCAUCGCCCCCCUGUUUCAACCCCCGCGACACGAUGGCUUGUGUUCCCUCCCCUGUGACGCGCCGGAGCCACAUAAAUAGGAGGCUCUCCAGCUCUGCAGCACACUUGAGCUCAGCCGCUCCAAGAGCAAGUAUCUGCUCUCAAAAACACAACAACAAGCAAACAACAUGAGUCCCAGCAUCACUACUGAGGCCAACCAGCCUCUCACUGUCAGGUCCACCGUGGCCCAGAGAAAACAAGCCAACGAACUGAGAAAGACUCUUAAACCCUUGCUGGAGAAGAGACGACGUGCUCGUAUCAACGACAGCCUCAGCCAUUUGAAAAGUCUGAUUCUUCCUCUGGUUGGCAAAGACAACGCGCGCUACUCCAAGCUGGAGAAAGCUGACAUUCUGGAAAUGACCGUCCGUUUCCUCAGAGACCUUCCUUCCACUCCUGUCAAAGACUCCGCAGACAGCUACAGAGAAGGCUACAAAGCCUGCCUGCAGCGCGUCUCCGCUCUGCUUCCCAAAACCAGCCUGGAUCAGGACGCGUGUCGGCGUGUGAACGAGUUCGUCCAGCAGUCCGCGUCCGCCACCGUCACCCCAACCUGCCUGAACUGCUGCGCUCAGGGCUCCAGGACUUUCCCUCAGAUCCAACAGAGACUCCAGAGCCUCAAAUCCAGCUUCGGCUCCAGACUGGAGAGCCAGUCCCACAGCGGCAGCGGCGCAGUGGCCCCCAGCAGAGCGCAGCCUGCAGGACCACACGCUGUCAGCGCUGCCAUGUGGAGACCUUGGUAGAUUG